GAUAAAUUGCUAUUGUAUAUUUUUGAAAGAAAAAUAUAAAUGAUAUAAUAGAUUAAAUACUAUUACCAAUUAAGUGAUUUUUUUAACUCUUCACUUUAAUCUCAUUAGGUUCUCCAUAUUGAUCUAAAUUCCAGUUAUAUGUAUGACGAAGAUGUAUCAUUCUUAAGUUCUGCUUUAGCAAAUUGUGUUAAUCUCUCAAAUUUGACACUUAACCUUUUUAACAAUUAAAUUGGCGCAAUUGGUGCAUCAGGCUUAGGUUCUGCUUUAGCAAAUUGCACUAAUCUUUCAAAUUUGACAAUUAACAUUAGGACUAAUUAAAUUGGCGAUUAGGGUACAUCAGGCUUAGGUUCUGGUUUAGCAAAUUGCACUAAUCUCUCAAAUUUGACACUUAAUCUUAAUAAGAAUUAAAUUUCUGCGACUGGGGCAUCAGGUUUAGGUUUUGGUUUAGCAAAUUGCACUAAUCUUUCAAGUUUGACACUUGACCUUAGCUGGAAUGAAAUUGGUGAUGCAGGUUCGUCAGGCUUAUGUUCUGCUUUAGCAAAUAGCACUACUCUCUCAAAUUUGGCACUUAACUUUAAUAGGAAUGAAAUCGGUGACGACGGUGCAUAAGGCUUAGGUUCUGGUUUAGCAAAAUGCAUUAAUCUCUCAAAUUUAACACUUAACCUUAGUUCUAAUUCAAUUGGUGCAACUGGUGCAUCAGGCUUGGGUUCUACUUUGGCAAAUUGCCUUAAUCUCUCAAAUUUAACACUUAACCUUAGUUCUAAUUACAUUGGUGAAAUUGGUGCAUCAGGCUUAGGUUCUGGUUUAGUAAAAUGCACUAAUCUCUCAAAUUUGACACUUAAUCUUAGCAGCAAUAAAAUUGGCGAUCAAGGUACAUUACUCUUAGGUUCUGCUUUAGGAAAUUGCACUAAUCUCACAAAUUUAACUCUAAACCUUUGUGACAACAAAAUUGGUUAUCAAGGUGCAUCAGGCUUAGGUUCUGCUUUGACUAAUUGCAUUAAUCUCUCAAAUUUGACACUUGACCUUAGUUCUAAUGAUAUAGGGCCAUCAAGCUUAGGUUCUAGUUUAGCAAAUUGUAUUAAUCUCUUAAAUUUGACACUUAACCUUCGUUAUAACCGAAUUAGUGGAUCAUUAAAAUAUAUAUGGUAAAAUAAGAAGUCUAUCCCAUAGGGGUAUUUUUGACACUCAUUUUUCAAAAUUUUAAAUCAGGUUUUACUCCUUACUGUAUUAAAAUUUAAUUCUUUUCUCUUUUUAU